UUAGAAUUUAGAUGUAAUCCGUCAGUAGCGACGAAAAGUGAAUUAUGUUUUUGUGGAGUGAAAUGUGAAUUUUACUGUUGUGAUAAAAUAUUCCACAUUAAUGCAAUAAUUGCUUAGUAAUUUUGUUUAUCAUUCAAUACAGGGGAAAUUUUCCAGAGGAUUUUUACUUAGGAAUGCUUUGCAAUAAAAGUAUUAUUGGAGCGAGAACCUGCUAAACUGGAUUGCGAACAAUGAUGGACUCUGACUUGUCCGGUGCGGAUUUCUGUCGUUUCUGUAGAUCAGAGGCUUCGUCCGACCGGCCUUUAUUCCAUCCAUGUAUAUGCACGGGUUCUAUAAAAUGGAUCCACCAAGAGUGUUUAGUACAGUGGAUGAGGUAUUCUCGUAAGGAAAUAUGUGAAUUAUGUGGUCACCGUUUUUCAUUUAUGCCAAUCUAUUCGCCGGAUAUGCCGAGAAGGCUUCCUAUUAAGGAUGUUGUGAGUGGCUUGCUGACAUCGGUCGCUACGGCGGUAAAGGAUUGGUUGCAUUACACUCUUGUUGCCAUCGCCUGGCUUGGAAUUGUUCCACUGACUGCGUGUCGAACUUACCGCAGUUUAUUUUCUGGUUCACUAGACCCUGUUAUAUCACUCCCAUUCGAUAUAGUAUCUGCGGAAAACUUAGCGAAGGAUGUCUUCUCAGGAUGUUUUGUAGUAACUUGUACAUUAUUCUCUUUUAUUGGAUUAGUUUGGCUCAGAGAGCAGAUUAUGCAUGGUGGUGGUCCUGACUGGAUGGAGAGAGAAAAUCUGCCUGCACCACCACCUGAAGAACCACUGCCAGAUAAUAAUAAUGAAAAUGUGAUUGUUAAUGAGCCUCCAAUGGAGGAAGGAGUUCCAAGAGAGGAGCCAAAUGGAGAAGUUGUAGAGGACCCCUUAGUUGGUGAUGAAGUGAAUUGGAAUCCCAUGGAUUGGGACCGUGCAGCAGCGGAAGAAUUAACUUGGGCAAGAUUACUGGGCUUAGAUGGUUCAAUGGUUUUUUUAGAACAUGUGUUUUGGGUUGUUUCAUUAAAUACUAUAUUCAUAGUUGGAUUUGGGUUCUUUCCCUACCAAAUUGGGCAUAUAGGAGCUGCUAUUGCAGGAAUGGUUUCUGAAGGGCCAUUUGCUGGGCCUCUAAAGUCAUUGGCGGGUUAUGUUAUUGUUGCUGCAUUAUUGUCAUUAUUACAUUCAAUGGCUUCUCUUUUACGAUUUAGAACUGCAAAGAGGACUCUUGGUUUUUGCUAUCUGGUUAUGAAAGUGGCUCUUCUCUCUGUUGUUGAGAUCGGUGUCAUUCCUCUUGUUUGCGGUUGGUGGUUAGAUCUUUGCUCCCUGUCAAUGUUUGAUGCAACACUGAAAGACAGAGAGGCAAGUCUCCAUGCAGCACCAUGGACCCUCAUGUUCAUUCACUGGCUGGUCGGAAUGGUCUAUGUCUAUUACUUUGCCUCAUUUAUAUUGCUGUUAAGAGAAGUGCUAAGACCUGGUGUUUUGUGGUUCCUGAAAAAUCUUAAUGAUCCUGAUUUUAGCCCGGUGCAGGAAAUGAUACACCUCCCAGUGUCGUCCCACAUUCAACGUGUUAUAGUAUCAGCCAUGGUAUUUGGAACAGCUGUUCUCUUCAUGCUGUGGCUCCCAAUCAGGCUGAUCAAGUAUGUUCUACCUGGUUUCUUGCCAUAUGCUGUUGCCGUUCACACUGAAGCCCCUGUUAAUGAGCUGAGUUUGGAAUUGUUGCUGCUACAGGUGAUACUACCUGCGCUACUAGAACAGUCGCACACUCGGAUUUGGCUCAAGGCGGGCCUUCGAACGUGGUGUGCGUGUGCAGCGAAGCUUCUAGGACUUCGGUCUUACCUCCUGGGACAGCAGUCCAGACAAAACGAGAACCAUCCAAACCAGCCUCCGCACCAACCACCGCCGCAUCAACUAGGCGCUGCUCAUCAGGCAUUGAUGUGGCGAGAGGGUCCCGCCGGGUUUGAACCGUACGUGCGUGUAUCUUGGUUUCCGCUGAGAGUGGCAAUACUUCUUGGUUUUAUAUGUAUGUCUCUUGUGUUGGCAAGCGCGUUGACAUUGGUAAUCCCCGUAGCCAUCGGUCGCAAAGUAAUGGCUUUGUGGCUGCCAAAAGCGUCGGGUGGCGUUCACGAGCUUUACACUGCGGCAUGUGGGACGUACGUGUGCUGGGCGGCGGGGCGAGGAGGAGCCUUGGCGGCGGGCUGGGCGCGGGGCGGGCGGGCGGCGCUGGCGGAGCGGGCGGGGGAGUGGGCGGGGCGGGGGGCACGGGCCGCACUGGCCGCGCUGGCGCUGCUGGGGCUGGUGCCGCUCAUGUUGGGUCUGCUGCUGGAGCUGGUGCUGGUAAUACCACUGCGUGUGCCGCUAGAACAGUCGCCCGUUAUGUUCGUGUGGCAAGAUUGGGCAUUAGGGGUGCUGUACACCAAGAUAGUGUGCGCGCUCACCAUGAUGGGGCCCGACUGGAGUAUGCGAAGAGCUAUCGAGAAAGCUUACAGAGACGGCAUCAGGGAAAUGGAUCUUAAGUUCAUCUUGCGGUCGGUGGCGGCGCCACUUGUUCGCUGGCUCGGUCUGUCGCUGGCUAUCCCGUACGUGUGUGCCUACUCGCUGGCGCCGCUCGUGGUGACGUCACCGUCGCAGCGCAACGUGUUCGCUCGGCGAGUGUACCCCGCGCUCCUGCUGGCGGCCCUGGCGUCCGCCGUCCUCGUGCUGCAAAUACGUCAAUUUACGAAGCUAUACGAGCACAUAAAGAAUGACAAGUACCUCGUCGGGCAACGACUCGUAAACUACGACCACCGGCGACACAAACAAGCUGUCUCCUCCAACUAACCCACGGCGCCAACUCUUUGCACUUGUGAUAUAUUUUAUUUAAGAUAACACAGGGCACUCGCCCGUAGUCUUACUGCUAUAGGAUUGGAUGGUAAUAUUUAAAAGGGAAAACUCUAAACGAUUAAAUUUUUAUACAACCCUAUGGGUGCAAUACAUAUUUUGUGAAUAGUAUACGAAUGAUUAUAGUUGGCAUAAUAUUUAUUAUUAUUACAUUAUCUUUAUUGCUAAUUCGUAAUUUAAUUGGAACAGCGUCUUACCAUUUAGAACAGAUUACAUAUAAAAUUGCACCGAAAGGCCUACCAUCAACGUUUAAUUAGCGAAUCAAUUCCGAUGCAGUUCAGUUUAGGUACCCAAACUGCUAUCCAGUUUAGGUUGAAGUAUUACCUCAUGGUACGAAUGAAUGAACGAACUAAAACAGUUUGUGAUUCAAAUUCCGACUUGAUUUGACGUCAACCAAAAUUGGAUAGCUCUAAUGACGUCGUGGUACGAAAUAGCAAAGCAGUUCACUUUAGGUCGUAAAUUGAAUCGCAAUAAGAGUUCAUGGUAGGCCCGCAGUUCUUGGAUUAAAUGACAUGUGUCAUACUGCAAUGUUGUUCUGUUCCAAAUUAUAAGAAAAUCAUUUUAAACCGAAAUCAGUGCCUCAGAAUAAUAUAAACAUAACAGUGAUUUGUAGAAGAAGAGUGUAAAUAUUUCCUAGUGAUUCAUUAGUCUAGUGAUAUAUUAAUAUUUGCUUAGAAUAUGGAAUGCAUUAGAUGGACCUGAAAUAACAUUCAGUUAUUAUAAGGGUGUUUUGUAUUCAAUCUGGUUGACAUCUCCGAUUAGGUCCGAAAAAGGCACACUAAAAUUUUAUCUCUGUAGAUCCAAAAUAUAGAAAUUUUCUUCGAUAUAUUUAUAAUAUAUAAAUUUCUAUAUCAUAGUAUGUUUAAAAUGUAUUGUAACACGUAAAUUGUAUUUUGAAAAUUAAGAGUGAUAUAGUAGGUGUGGAAUGUGGGGAAAAAUGUGCUUUUCAAAUUUAUCUUUAAACAGUUGAAAAUAUAUAUUACAGAUUAAAUUA